GUUAUGAUAGCUUUGUAAUAUAGUUUGCAGUUUGGUAAAGUGAUGCCUCCCAAUUUGUUACAUACUUCUUUAGAUACAACCUAGUGAAGUGGAUAGGGCUGAUUGAUUAACCUAUUUCACAGAUGAUUAAAGUGAUGCUAAAUGUAAAGAGAUAAUUUUCUCCAGGAUUACACAGCUGGAAAAUACUAGAGCCAGGUCUUGAAUUCCUAGGUCCUCCCUAGACUCUACAAAGACACCUAGUCAACUUUUACUUCCCUUAGGAUUGGAAUAACCAGAGGAAACAUGAAAUUAUAGCACUCAGGUAAGGGAAAGGCAGAAUAUCUUAGCAAAGGGGAAGGAAUCCAGGGAAGAACAUGACGAAAGAGAGUCGGACAAAAGCAGAGUCACUCGUUGAGCAGUUAUACAGAGGAAAUGAAAAAGAGAAGUAGGAGGUGGAAAGACAACUCAGUGAUGGGUGCGGGAUCAAGAGCAGCGGGAGAUUAGGGAAGGAUUAAGGCCCAAGAAGAUUCUAGAACUGGGACUCAAACAACUGGUCUCCGGAGAGCCCAGGACCCCGGCUCCAGCCUGGGGCGAGGGGGCGGGGCCUCGAACCUCUCGCCCCGCCCUCCCCGCCCAGCGCCCGCCUCGCGCCUCUCCGCUCCCGCCGUCCCCCAGGUCUCUUAGGUGAUGCUGCAGCCAAGAUGGCGCCGGCGGCGUCCGCAGCGGCUUGAGCGUGAUGCUUCGGGUCCUCGGUGGCGGCGGUGGUGGCGGCAGCGGCAGCGGCGAGCUCGGCCGCGGCCUGGCGUCUCUCCCGUGCGUGAGCGCUCAGGCGCCUGUCCUGCGGCCGGGUUAGCCGGGACAGAGAGGAGACGGCCACGGAGACAGGAGGCAGCAGGGAACGGAGCGAAAGCGCGGCGCCUCCCGCCUCGGCACCAUGGCAGGGAUCAUCAAGAAACAGAUCCUGAAGCACCUCUCCAGCGUUCCCUGCUGGCUGUGGUGGAGAUUGAUGUGCUGUGAAUUGCAUAAUCACCCAAAUGACUACCUGAGGAGUCUAAAAGAAACCCUGGCAACUGACUACUUGCUUUCACCAGGAAUAGGGACCUUUUGUCUGAAUUUCCUGCCCUCAGCAGUUCAACCACCACCAAUUAGGUUUCUGUGUCAGACCUUAUAGGGAUCAUUGUAUUGUAUGAACCAAAAGAUGAACCUUUGAAACAAAUUGCAAAGAGAUGGCAAAUUAAUAAGGAAGAAGCUUAUAUUCACAGAUUAAUAAAUCACCCAGGUUCACAUGGGAAGUGAAAAACAAAACAAAACAAAAAGUACAACUUGUGGAACUCAUAUGAAACAAAUCAUGAGUACAGCAUGAAUACUGCUGGAAGAAAUUGGAGGAGCAUCAAAUUUCUGUGAACUGAUUCAUGGUGGAGCUAGAAAUUUACUGAUUUACCAAAAAUUUGUCUCCUGAUAAGAUCAAUCUAAGUACCCUUAAAGGAGAAGGUGAACUGAAGAAUUUGGAGUUGGAUGAAGAGGUGCUACAGAACAUGUUGGAUUUGCCAACGUGGCUUGCUAUCAACAAAGUGUUCUGCAAUAAAGCAUCCAUUAGGAUCCCAUGGACAAAACUGAAAACACAUCCUAUCUGUUUGUCCCUGGAUAAAGUAAUAAUGGAAAUGAGUACAUGUGAAGAACCACGAGCCCCUAAUGGCCCAUCACCUAUUGCAACUGCUUCAGGACAAAGUGAAUAUGGCUUUGCUGAAAAAGUAGUUGAGGGAAUUACUGUUUCUGUAAAUUCCAUUGUCAUCAGAAUUGGAGCAAAAGCCUUCAAUGCAUCAUUUGAACUUUCUCAGCUACGGAUCUAUAGUGUAAAUGCAAACUGGGAACAUGGAGAUUUAAGAUUCACUCGUAUUCAAGAUCCACAGAGAGGAGAGGUUUUGACAUUUAAGGAAAUAAAUUGGCAGAUGAUACGAAUAGAGGCAGAUGCUACCCAAAGUUCACAUCUUGAAUUUAUGUGUGCUCCUGUUCGAUUAAUAACCAACCAAUCCAAAAUCAGAGUCACACUUAAAAGAAGAUUAAAGGACUGCAAUGUCAUAGCAACAAAGUUAGUUCUAACAUUGGAUGACUUAUUAUGGGUUUUAACGGAUUCCCAGUUAAAGGCUAUGGUACAAUAUGCAAAAUCUCUUAGUGAAGCCAUAGAAAAAUCAACAGAACAAAGGAAGAGUAUGGCUCCUGAACCCACACAGAGCUCUACAGUAGUCCCAUCUACCCAGCAAGUAAAGACACCACAGACUUCAAAUGCUCCUGACCUAAAUGAUGCAAUUGUGAAACUAUUCAAUGACUUUGAUGUUAAAGAAACUUCCCAUCAUUUAGUGAUUUCUCAUCUAGAUCUACACAUAUGUGAUGACAUUCAUGCUAAAGAAAAAGAGUCAAAUAGACGUAUUACUGGAGGGGCUAUGCAGCUCUCUUUUACACAGCUAACUAUAGAUUAUUAUCCCUAUCAUAAAGCAGGAGAUAGUUGUAAUCAUUGGAUGUAUUUUAGUGAUGCAACGAAAACAAAAAAUGGAUGGGCCAGCGAGUUGUUGCAUGAAUUUGAGUGCAAUGUUGAAAUGCUUAAACAGGCUGUGAAGGAUCAUAAUGUAGGUUCACCUCCUAAAUCCCCAACGCAUGCCUCUCCCCAUCACACACAAACAGAGCAGGAGUCCUCUCUGAAAGGGACAUCCAGAGCACCUUCAGUGUUAUCUCAACAAUCAAAGGCUAAGCUUAUGUCUAGUUCGCUUGUGGUUAGGCUUGCAGAUUUCAAUAUAUACCAGGUCUCUACAGCAGAACAGUGUCGUUCUUCCCCCAAAAGUAUGAUUUCCUGCAAUAAAAAAUCUCUGUAUCUGCCACAAGAAAUGUCAGCUGUCUAUAUAGAAUUCACAGAAUAUUAUUAUCCAGAUGGAAAGGAUUUUCCAAUUCCAUCUCCCAACCUGUAUAGCCAGCUAAAUGCACUGCAGUUUACUGUGGAUGAAAGAAGCAUUCUAUGGUUAAAUCAAUUUCUAUUGGAUUUAAAGCAGAGUCUUAAUCAAUUCAUGGCUGUUUACAAGUUGAAUGAGAAUUCAAAAUCUGAUGAGCAUGUUGAUAUUCGGGUUGAUGGCUUAAUGCUAAAGCUUGUUAUUCCUUCUGAAAUGAAAUCGGAAUGUCAUCAAGAUCAGCCACGUGCAAUUUCUAUUCAGAGUUCUGAAAUGAUUGCCACAAAUACAAGGCAUUGUCCAAACUGUAGACAUUCUGAUCUAGAAGCUUUGUUUCAAGACUUCAAAGAUUGUGAUUUUUUUAGUAAAACAUAUACCAGUUUCCCUAAAUCUUGUGACAAUUUUAAUCUUCUACAUCCAAUCUUCCAGAGACAUGCUCAUGAACAAGAUACCAAAAUGCAUGAAGUUUAUAAAGGAAAUAUUAUUCCCAAAUUGAAUAAACAUACUCUUAAAACUUCUGCUGCGAUGGAUGUGUGGGUUGUGUACUUUUCUCAAUUUUGGAUAGAUUAUGAAGGGAUGAAAAGUGGAAAAGGACGACCAAUAAGCUUUGUAGACUCUUUCCCUCUUUCUAUCUGGAUUUGUCAACCAACAAGAUAUUAUACAGAGUCACAAAAAGAGCUGCAGACUUGUGAUCAAGUAUCUCUAAAUACAUCACAAAGUGAAUCUAGUGAUCUAGCUGGCCGGUUGAAGCGGAAAAAGCUCUUGAAGGAAUAUUAUAGUACAGAGUCUGAACCCUUCACAAAUGGUGGUCAGAAACCUUCAUCAUCAGAUUCAUUUUUAAGAUUUUCUUCUUCGUCAUCAGAAGCAGAUAUUCAUGUCCUCGUUCACGUUCAUAAACAUGUCAGUUUGCAAAUCAAUCACUACCAGUAUCUGCUCCUCCUUUUCCUCCAUGAUUCACUUAUUUUGCUUUUAGAGAACUUAAGGAAAGAUGUAGAAGCUGUAACUGGCAAUCCUGCUAAUCAAACAUCUGUUUGCAUUGGAUUUUUACUUCGAAGUGCAGAACUGGCUCUUUUGCUACAUCCAGUGGAUCAGGCCAACAGGAUCAAGUCUCCUGUUUCUGAAAGUAUGAGUCCAAUGGUUCCUGAUUAUUUGCCUACUGAAAACGGAGAAGUUUUAUCUUCAAAAAGGAAACAAGUUAGUGGUAUAAAUCGAAUUAGAAGUGUAACUGUUAAUCAUAUGUCAGACAACAGAUCUAUGAGUGUUGACCUUAGCCAUGGCCCUUUAAAGGAUCCUUUGCUUUUUAAAUCAGCUAGUGAUACAAAUCUGCAAACAGGUGUUUCUUUUCUGGACUAUUUAUCAGACAAACAUUUAGGGAAAAUAAGUGAAGAUGAAAGUAGUGGACUUGUUUACAAAAGUGGCUCAGAAGAAACUGGAUCAGAAAUAAGUGACAAGAAGGUUUCUUCUUCCAGAGAUUCAAAUAGUAUCUUAAAUAACAGAGAAGAUUCAAAUUUGCUGUCAUUUGAUAAUGAUAGUAAUCAAAAUAUAUUUUCAAAUAGUUUAACUAGUAAACGAAAUGAAACCAUAGAGUCAGUCUUUAAAGCUGAAGAUUUGCUUCCAGAAGCAGCUUCAGUCUCUGAGAACCUGGAAAUCAGUAAAGAAGAGACACCCACAGUUAUGACACUUAAGUCGCAGUCAUCUUUAAGUGGAAAGCCUAAAGAACGUUGCCCACCCAACCUGGCUCCACUGUGUGUUUCUUAUAAGAACAUGAAAAGAAGCUCCUCACAAAUCUCACUGGAUACCAUUUCACUUGAUAGCAUGAUGUUGGAAGAAAUGUUUUUAGAAAGUGAUGGAAGUGAUAGCCAUAUAUUUUUGGAAAAAGGAAAUAAAAAGAGCUCAACUGCAAAUUACCAGAGCCCAGCUGAGAGUUUGAAUGCUAGCACAAGCCUACAGAAUUAUGGUGAAACCUCUCCAGAUGCCGUCAGUACAAAUUCAGAGGGUGCUCAAGAAAAUCACGAUGACCUGAUGUCAGUUGUGGUAUUUAAAAUUACUGGUGUUAAUGGGGAAAUCGACAUCCGAGGUGAAGACACACAGAUUUGUCUUCAAGUGAAUCAGGUGACACCAGACCAGUUGGGCAAUAUCAGUCUUCGGCAUUACCUCUGUAAUCGUCCAGUUGGUUCGGGUCAGAAAGCUAUGAUUCAUUGCACAUCUUCUCCUGAGAUUUCUCUGAGGUUUGUAAGUGGGCCUGGUGCUGCAAUACACUCGUUGCUUGCAGAAAAAAAUGGAUUCCUGCAAUGUCAUAUAGAAAACUUCAGCGCUGAGUUUCUUAUAUCUUCUCUUAUGAAUAUUCAACAUUUUUUGGAAGAUGAAACUGUUGCAACAGUAAUGCCAAUGAAGAUACAAAUUUCUAACACAAAAAUAAAUUUAAAAGAUGACAGUCCUCGGAGUAGUACAGUAUCCCUUCAAACAGCUCCUGUAGCUCUACAUAUUGAUCAUCUUGUGGUAGAGAGAAAUGAUGAUGGCUCUUUUCAUAUCAGAGAUUCUCAUAUGCUUAACACUGGAAAUGAUUUGAAAGAAAAUGUCAAAAGUGAUUCUGAUUCAGUGCCACUGACCAGUGGAAAGUAUGAUCUGAAGAAACAAUGCAGUGUCACUCAAGCCACUCAGACAAGUCCGGAAAUUCCUUGGCCUUCUCAGUCAGUUAACUUUCCUGAAUCCUCCUUUGACUUUACUAGGGAACAGCUCAUGGAAGAGAAUGAAUCUCUUAAACAGGAACUGGCUAAAGCUAAAAUGGCUCUUGCAGAGGCUCACUUGGAAAAAGAUGCUCUUCUCCAUCAUAUAAAGAAGAUGACAGUUGAAUAACAGGAGUAGCAGUCAAGAUUCAAAUUAUAGCUCUGGAGUAGGAAGGUUAUAUUUAUAAUGUGGAUGUUACCAAGUAGUGGAAAACGUUCAUUUUCAUAAAAAGACAAUAAAAUGAUAUGGAGUGUGAACAAGUGGUGACUAGUCCAAAGCCAGUUUAGAAAGUAUGAGGUAUGAGCAUUACAAUCUUUUGGUUGUUUUGUGUUUUGGGGUUCAACCUUCUUUUAAACUGGUGUGAUCUAGGGAUGUCAAUACAUUCUGUAAAAUAAUUACAUGCCUAAUGAAAAUAAGAUGUCAUUUCCUAAUUUUGAUAUCUCAUUUUAGGCAUUUUUUAAAAAGAAAAAUGAAAAACUAUUGCCCAUACAGAUCUCUGAAUUUACUUCUUACUAUUUCUUAAUAAUUUACUUUUAUUUACAAAGAUUCAAAUGCUUUUAGAGCUAAUGUAAAAUAAAAAGAGGCUUACAUUGUAAAUGUUAUUAAAAUUAUGUACUUAAAUCUAUAAUUAUUUAAUUGUAAAAAGUCCAAGCAAAUUAAUAAAUUCUAUAAUUAA